AUGUCCACGUCCAGGCCUUCACAACCACCCGUCCGCCAAGACUUGACGACUCUUUUCGCCACCCUCGAAAACAGCUUCAGCAACACCAGACUCGGGCCCGAAAGAUGGUACCUCAUCGUCCUAUCCGCCCUUGUCGGCGGUACAGAGCCCGAAUUAUCUGACCAACUCUACCUGCACAUCAUCAAUCAGCCAUCCUUCCGAACCUCCUCAUCCCGCCAGGCCCUAAUCCGGCGUCUCCGCGAAGCCCUCGUAAAGCUCGUCUCCAUAGUAGGCGUUUGCAAGCCAUUGGAAGCCAUUCUAACCAUCUCCAAAGUCGAAGCCCCUGAGGACAGAGACUAUACGUUCACGCGUGAAUCCUGGGCCGCUGAUGCCACCAACCAUGAGCGCGGGGCAAACUGGCUGAAGAAGAUCUACGCGGGCAACACAGAAGACACGCUCGCUUUAUUCGACGCACACAAGGACUUCCGCUGGAUCUCGGAAGAGAUCACGUACGGCUUGUACUUGAGCAAUCGGCAGGUGCUGGAUGAUUGGGAUACGGAGGUCAUUGUGCUCGCGGGCAUCAUGAUUCAGAAUCUGAAGCUGGAGACAAAAUGGCAUAUCAGGGGCGCGUUGCGGGUCGGUAUGAGCAAGGAAGAUGUCAAGGCAAUCAUGGAGUGUGUGAGGAGGGUAGCGGAGUUUACGGAUGUUAAGCUAAACCGAAUACCGACUGUGGAGGAGGUGAAGCAUGAAGUGUAA